AUGGCAUUUGCCGAAAAUUCUCACGACGUCAUCGUGUCCUGCCUCUCAAAGCAAACGCUGCAGGAAAUUGAGGGCCUUGACCCUGCACAAUGCGGCUUUGGCCGGGAGGAGUGCUGUGAGCCUCUGCCGGCGAAGCUUCCAGGCAGCAUGGCGUUAAAAGAGCAUUUAUUUUUU